AUGUCCCUUCGUUACUCACGUCAGCCGGACUCAGCUCUAGCCGCCUCGGCAAUCUUUCCAUACUCAGUUGCUCCAAUUGGCGGAUUUGCUGAAUCCUGUUCUCAGACGAUCCUGAAUUGGCAGAAAAGAACUUUUGGACUUAGAUUAAGUCAUCAAUUUUUGAAUCCACAUGGAGCAUCUUCGGGAUUCCAUAUGCCACAAGGUGGGCUAGUUCAGCCCCACAGCCUCGGACGUUGGGCUCGAUCGUGGACGAACAGUGAAAUUCGGCGGAAGGCUAUGCUGAAACGAAUUAGUUCUUCCCAUACCAGAUCCAAAGCGUCCUCCAUGGAUCAGAAAGAAGAAGAAAAAUAA